GGAAGUAUUGUUUCAACAACAGGCAGCCAGAACUGAUGAAGAUGUUAACACCAGUGUCAGUAAAUCAAGUCCUUUUGGAUAACGGCUACGUUAUACAAAAUACGUUAAUGGAGUAGAAACUGAAAUAAGGCUAAAUAAGUAAAUUGAAUUACUCAAUGUAACUGAGGAGAUUGAGUUGAACUCAACUAAAUUUUUGUAUAUAUAUUUAUGUAUACAGUAGUGUAGCUUGAUAAUACAUUUGCUAGAAAAAGGUCUCUUUACCGAAUCAUGUUUUUCUUUUCCCACUAUGGAUAUGACAUCCUUUUUCAUUUGUUUUAAGGUUUUAUAUGCUUAUAUAGACUUCGCGUCUUCACUUACUCAGAUUUUUGUUGUUAUUCUGGAGUUUUAGCUAAACAUUACGGUAUAACACUUAAAUGUAUCUACUUUGUCUUACAAAAUGAGACUCUGUAACCAGAAGCCAUCUUCGUGGAAGUAGUUUUCAGUCAUCAUGAGGAUUAUUGAACCUGACUUCUUAGAAGAUUGCAAUUAACAAAAGGAAGUAACGGACAAAUCGUUUUCGUGUUACACGAUGGACCAAUAUUUUCCAACACAUUCGGUUUUCAGCUCAUGAUGAAAUUCUCCGAUCAUUCGGUCAAUGACAGAAGUUAAUGGGCUUGAAAAUCGCACUGAAGUAUGGGUAAAAUAUUUAAAACAUGUUUACAAACGGAAUGGUACGAAUAGAACUGUAAACAAAUUUUUCACUUUUUAGUGAAUUCACACUUUCAACAACAAUGCAUACUAAUUAUCCUGUAUGGAAAUUCUUUAAGACUAUUGAGCGUGAACGUAAUUCGAUGCCCUACAAAACUUGAUGAUAAUGACAGGUUAUUCAUAAUGAAGUUAUUUGUGCUUCUAAGAAUCUGAUGUUCACUUAGCCCUAAUUAUAAAUUAAUUCUUUCUUUCUCCGAAAUAUCACGGCGCAUCUUUUUUAUUUCAGAUUCAAAGAAAGUCAAAAUGAUCUUUACGUUAAUGAAGGUGAUAAUUUAAUAUUUAUUUGUCCACGAAACCGCACAUUUUCUCAAAAUAUUUUCUGGACUGACGAUCCUCGUGUACUAAUGAAAUGCAAUGAAACUCUGCCUAUUAAGGUUAUCAAGCUUUUGGAUUGUUUUGGCAAUGAUUCAAUCAGGGACUUCGUGCUCAAGGUUAGUCAAUUCCCGGAAAUAGCAUCACUGCCAAGUUUUCAUUACGACACUCCAGUGCAUUUUGUGGCUCAAUCUGUUAUUUGUCACAAUAACAACUUCCGUCUCAGCGUCAGACUGUCUCCUCCUACUAUUACAGGUGUUGGUGAUAGACUCAGUAAUCAUUUUCAGCCUAAGAUAAGAUCUCGACUCUUUAAUUAUUCUAGAAAAUCAUCUUCAAACUUAAACAGUGCACUUUAUGACCAAAUACAAAAUGAACAAGAAGGUUGGAAGCAAAAUCUGUCGUCGUCAACAUAUCGAACUCCUAGAAGCAAUGGUAAAGAAAGAUGGGCUUGGACUGAGUACAGAUUUUUACUUUUACCAGCCACCUUAGCAUUUUUUACACUUGUUGGUAUGCAAAUUGUUCUAUGCGGAUUUUGGUUGUCAAGUUCAUUUACAAAUAAAUUUCAAAAUUGUUUUAAUAAAUCCAAGCACAUAAAGAGACCACAACCUGGCUCAAAUCACAAAGAGACCGAGAACGAAUUGCAAAGUCCCUUUUUUUAUACACCCGGAUAUAUUCCUGAUGGCGAAAAAUGCUUAUGCUGGAGUGCGGCAUCAUUAACAAACAGUUCUAGUGUGAUAUACACAAUGAAAAACAACUAUUCCAAUUCCACACAUUUUAAUUAUCGUAGUCAGUCAAGUAAUUAUAAUCAUCACAACCAUUAUUGUUGUAAUAACUAUCAAAGUCAAAAUUAUCAGUAUCAGCAGCGUCCACUACUCCUCAAGUAUUCAGCUAAAAACUUUGGGUUUGAUAAAUUUCCUGCCACACAAAUCAUUCCAGACACAUUGACUGUUUUAUCUAAUCAUUAG